GUUUUCACUAAAAAAUAAGCGAGACAGGGAGACGCCAAUUCUUUGCUGUGUGUGAGAGAGAGAGAGAGAAAAGUGAAGAGACUAUAGUCGUGGUUCUGAUCUCGAAUAUCGGAGACAUUUGGGGGUUCAAUUGGUGGUAGCGGCGAUGGCGACUUAUAGUUCGGAGCGACUCCCGAGAACGCCGGCUACUACCAGAUUAGCGAUUAGGCCUGGUUCUAGGGUUUUAAAAAGCCCUUUGAGUGACGAAGAAGUCAUGUGGAAGCGGCUCAAGGAAGCUGGGUUUGAUGAACAAUCGAUUAAACAGAGGGAUAAAGCCGCCCUAAUCGCUUACAUCGCCAAGCUCGAAUCUGAGGUCUAUGAUUAUCAACACAACAUGGGUCUUCUCAUUUUGGAGAAGGACCAACUGUUGUCCAAGUAUGAGGAAGUUAAGGCAUCUGUUGAUGAAGCUGACUUAGCACAUAGGCGAGACCUAUCUGCAUAUGUCUCUGCCUUGGCCGAAUCCAAGAAACGAGAAGAGGGUUUGAACAAGGAUGUUGGGAUUGCAAAAGAGUGUAUUUCGAGUCUGGAGAAGACUUUGCAUGAGAUUCGUGCAGAAUGUGCUGAGACCAAAGUUUCUGCUGGGAGUAAAAUGUCUGAGGCUCAUACUAUGAUUGAGGAUGCUCUCAAGAAAUUUGCAGAUGCUGAAGCAAAAAUGCGCGCAGCUGAAGCUUUACAAUCAGAAGCUAACCGGUAUCACCGGAUUGCAGAGAGAAAAUUGAAGGAAGUUGAAAGUCGUCAAGAUGAUCUUGCUCGGCGUCUUGCAUCUUUCAAAUCUGAGUCUGAAACGAGAGAGAACGAGAUUGUUAUUGAGCGACAGACUUUAAGUGAGAGACGAAAGAGCUUGCAGCAAGAGCAUGAACGAUUAUUGGAUGCUAAAGCUUCACUAAAUCAGCGAGAAGAUCACAUUUUUGGUAGAUCCCAAGAAUUAGCUGAACUUGAAAAGGGGUUAGAGUCUGCAAAGACCACAUUUGAGGAGGAACGUAGAGCCUUGGAGGAUAAAAAGUUCAGUUUGGAGAUCGAAUUAGCCUCGCUUGCUAAACGAGAAGUGGCGGUCUCUGAAAGGGAAUCUUCACUACUUGAGAAAGAGCAAGAGCUGCUUGUUGCUGAGGAAAAAAUUGCCAGCAAGGAAUCUGAACUGAUUCAGAAGGUCUUAGCGAAUCAAGAAGUUAUCCUGAGGAAAAGAAAAUCCGUUGUGGAAGCUGAGUUGGAAAGUAAGUGCAAAUUGGCGGAAGAUGAAAUCGAGAGCAAGAGACGGGCUUGGGAACUAAGAGAGGUUGAUAUCAAGCAGAAGGAAGACCUAGUUGGUGAAAAGGAACAUGACUUGGAAGUUCAAUCGAGGAUAUUGGCAGAGAAAGAAAAGGAUAUAACAGAGAGGUCUUAUAGUCUUGACGAGGAAGAGAAGCAUUUGAAUGCUACAGAGGAAGAUAUCAGCCGUAAGACAAAUCUGCUGGAGAAUGAGAAGGAACGGUUAAGAAAGUUAGACUCAGAUCUGCAGCAGGCUUUGAUUUCAUUAGAAGACAAGAGAAAACGUGUUGACUCUGCAACGGAAAAGCUUGAAGCCCUGAAGAGUGAGACAAGCGAAUUAUCCAUUCUGGAGAUGAAACUCAAGGAGGAGCUAGAUGAUAUGAGGGGUCAAAAGCUUGAACUCCUUGCUGAAGCAGAUAGAAUGAAGGUGGAGAAAGCUAAAUUUGAAGCCGAGUGGGAACACAUUGACGUGAAAAGGGAAGAGUUAAGAAAAGAAGCGGAGUAUAUCACUCGUCAAAGAGAGGCUUUCUCGAUGUAUCUCAAGGACGAGCGUGAUAACAUCAGGGAGGAAAGGGAUGCGUUGAGAAAUCAGCACAAGAACGACGUGGAGGCGCUAAACCGAGAGCGUGAAGAAUUCAUGAAUAAAAUGGUGGAGGAACAUUCAGAGUGGCUUGGCAAGAUACAGCGCGAACGUGCUGACUUCUUGUUGGGUAUCGAGACGCAGAAAAGAGAGCUGGAGUAUUGCAUUGAGAACAGACGAGAAGAGCUGGAGAAUUCUUCGAGGGAGAGAGAGAAGGCUUUUGAGCAAGAGAAGAAGUUGGAAGAGGAGCGUAUACAGUCCCUCAAGGAGUCGGCGAAGAAAGACUUAGAACAUGUCCAAGUGGAACUAAAGAGGUUGGAUGCGGAGAGGCUGGAGAUCAAAUUGGACCGUGAGAGGAGGGAGAGGGAGUGGUCUGAGUUGAAGGAUUCGGUUGAGGAGCUAAAGGUUCAACGAGAGAAACUAGAGACGCAAAGGCAUAUGCUUCGAUCCGAAAGAGAAGAAAUCAGACACGAGGUUGAAGAGCUGAAGAAGUUGGAGAAUCUGAAAGUUACGUUAGAUGAUAUGUCCAUGGCUAAAAUGCAGCUGUCUAAUUUAGAGCGUAGCUGGGAAAAAGUGUCUGCUUUGAAGCAGAAGGUUGUUGUUACUCGGGACGAGGAACUAGACUUGCAAAAUGGAAUCAGCACUGUGAGUAAUAGCAAAGAUGGUUAUAACUCAAACAAUGGCUCAAGAAGCCCUUCAUCCGCCACUCCAUUUUCAUGGAUAAAGCAAUACACCAAUCUGAUAUUCAAGAAUCCUCCGGAGACAUCGCUUCCACUGCAUCAUCAUGAAGAAGGAGCAUUGCCUUCAGAAAAAAGAGAAGAAAAGGCUUACACGGAGGGGAUGUUGAUUGCAGUUGAAAAACUUGAAGCCGGAAAGAAAAGAAGAGGUAACGCAUCUGGCAAUGACACCAGUGAACCAAGCAGUCACAAGAAGAGGAAACAUGAGGUUACCCAAAAAUCUUCUGAUGAAGCUGAUCCCGAGAGUGUAAUCUCAAGCCCUCAGAAUGUGCCCGAGGACAAACACGAACUGCCAUCAAACCAAACCCAAGCACCACCAAGUGGUAUGGUAGUCCUCAGUGAAAUCGUGAAGAUCACAAAGGUAACGUGUGAGACAGAGGUCAUCAACAAAGUGUCAAACAUUGAGUGCUCAGAUGAUCCUUCCGAAGCAGGAACGAAGAUGGUAGAGGAGGAGAAACAAGAUUGUGAUUGCAAUCAGACCGGGAUAAAGGAGAAGGAUUCUGACGAUGGUGGGCAUUGUAACAUGAGUUAGCUGACAGGAGGUUAAGCAUAUAAGGGAACUCUAUGAAUCCUCAAGGGUUUGUUUCUGGAUAAGAUCUGAGUAUGUAAAUGGAUUUGAUUGGUUUCAAAACUCUCUCGAGAUGUUAUAUAACUUAGAGAGUCAUUAUUAUUUGUUUUUUUCAGAUUUUAAGUGAGUAGAGAGAGUGUUGGUAGGUAGGUAAGAAUCGUUGGUCGCUUGUGUGUUGCAGAGUUUGCCUGAGAAAAUGAUUUGUCGGUUUCAAAGACUCAGUUUGAAAAUCA